AUGGCAACGAACACAGAUAGGAGAAGGAACAAUCCGCCCAGCGGAGGCACUCAUGCACCAGUAUUUGCUCGGACGCUUCGAGAGCCCGAGUAUCUUCAAACAUUGAGGCCGACAAGAACAAGAGGACCAAAUGAGCUUCGCAGGAUCUUCUUGCAAACCUCCAUCAUACCCUCCGCCUCAGGCUCCGCAUACCUCGAAAUACCCUCUUCCUCUGCAAAUUCAUCCUCAACUCUUAUCCCGCCUACAUCCUCCCUCAAAAUCACCGCCUCGAUACAAGGACCUAAGCCAUUGCCCCGCAGCGCGCCUUUCAGUCCCUCUCUUCUCCUCACUACCACAGUCAAGUUUGCGCCAUUCGCAACACGGCACAGGAGAGGCUACAUACGCGACAAUACUGAGCGCGACCUCGGCGUACAUCUGGAAACCGCAUUGAGGGCCGUAAUAAUCGGAGAGCGUUGGCCAAAGAGCGGGGUUGAGGUUGUAGUCACGAUUCUCGAGGGAGACGAGGAUGGCUGGUGGGGCGAUGCACACGCCAGUGGAAGUGGCUGGGGCUUGCUGAACGUUCUGGCGGGCUGCAUCACGGUGGCUAGCGCAGCGAUCACAGACGCAGGGAUCGACUGUGUGGACAUGGUAUGUGGAGGUGUCGCGGCGAUCAUUCGGAACCCAGAUUCAAGGGACGAGGAGGAUCUUGUCAGAGUACUGGACCCUUGCCCGGCAGAACACAAACAGGUCGUUGCGGCGUGCGCAGUGGGAUACCUGGCUUCAAGAGAUGAAGUUACAGAGAUUUGGAUGAAGGGAGAUGUUGGCCCUGAUCCAGAUGCUCUCAUUGAGGGUGCGACACACGCCUCUGUCGGGAGCCUGGCAGUCGUCAAAGAGGUUCUCCUUGAGGCCCUACAGGCGAAGUUCCAGGGCCAGAUCGAAAGCAGCCAGGGCGCGCAGAAGAGGAAGGCUCAAGAUGUAGAGAUGACAGGAUGA